AUGGCCUCGGCAUUUUGUCUUGUGCUGGUGCUGGUAGUAUUCAACUGUAUGUCUGUCUGUGCUCUGAAUUGUGAUCUACCUCAGACUCACAGCCAGAAUAACAAAGAAACUUUCAAGAAGCUGAGAGAAAUGAGGAAAGUGAUGGGCUUCUUCUGCAUGCAGUACAUUCACGAUUUUGGGUUACCACGGGAGGAGCUUGAAGGACACCAGGUCCAGAAGGCUCAAACUAUUGCUGUGCUGCAUGAGGUGACCCAGGGGGUCUUCACACUUUUCUGCGCACCGGACUCAUCUGCUACCUGGAACAAUACCAUCCUGGACAUACUGUGCUCUAGACUCCACCAGCAGCUGAGUGACCUGGAAGCCUGUGUGAAGCAAGAAGUGGAGGUGAAACAGACACCCACGAUACAGAAUCCCUCUGUACGAGCUGUGAAUAAGUACUUCAGAAAUAUCCGCCUCUAUCUGACAGAGAAGGAAGACAGCCCUUGUGCCUGGAUGACUGUCACACUAGAAGUUUCGAGAGCCAUGUCUUUAUCAAGAUUCUUGCAAGAAAGAUUAAGAAGUAAGGAUUGA